AUGUAUUGCUCGAAAAUUCCAAACCCAACUAGUGGUUGGCGGAAAGCAAAACGAUACCAAGAAAACGACAUUGCAUUUAUCAUUUAUACGGGCGCUUCGCUAUUUGCGACACGUGCCACGAGCGUACGAGAGACAUGGGUAUCUCGCGUGACUAAUUACUAUUUUCUCGCCUCGACACCUUACCCGAGCUUACCUAUCACUGUUAUAGAAAAUACUGGCGAAGAUUACCAAUCGAAUACUAAAAAGAUCUUUCAUGGUCUCGAAUUAAUCUAUAGACAACAGCAAGCUAUACAUUCAUCUAAACGUCACAAAUGGUAUAUUUUAGUCGGCUGUGACACUUACGUAAAUGUACCACAUCUUCUUAAACAACUUGAACCAUAUAAUUUUACACAACCAUAUUUUAUUGGAGGUUCUAUUGGUAAACAAAUGUGCUAUCAUAAGAAUGGAACUGCUUACAACAGUCUAUUUAUUGGUGGCAAUACCGCGCAUGUAUUCAGUGCAGCACUUGUUGAUGCUUUGUAUCCUCAUUUAUCCGUUUACGUCGAAUCGGUUUGGCCCCAACCUAAUCAUAAGUCCGCUGCACUGUCCGAUGUCGCAUUGUCCUGUCUUAUCUUCAGCUUAGGAUUCAAGAUGACUAUAUUACCAGGAUUUUUUCGACGCUCGCCCGAUGGAAUUAUUGAGGAAUUCGGUUUAAAAGAAGCUUUACAAGUUCAGGAACCAAGUAGUUGGCAUUAUAUACAUCCUGCACAAAUGAUUGAUUUGGAUGAAUUUUACACAUAUCAGUAUGUGGAUCGGCUGACGAAUGAUCAAAAUUGGAAUGAAUUAAUAGAUUUCAUUCAUCUGUUCAUUGGUACACAUUAUGAAACGUUAAGGAAGCGUCAACCAAUGCACUCCGUUAAAUCUGUAAGAAGAUACAGAUAA